AUGCCGUUCGGCCUUAUCAUUGGAACUGACCGUGCAUCCGCUCUACAAAAAUCCAUUCAGGAUGAACUCACAGCUCGUAGUUUCAGUCCCGAUGCUGGCGAGCGCUCAGUCUUCUUCGCUGCUAGGUCUUUCAUACUUACUGCUGGAAUAGAUCCUGUCAUGGCGGAAUAUAUUACUAUCAUGAUUAUAAACAACAAAACUGCAGCACAAAUAACUUCGGAACUCGAGGAUUUAAUUGGCCCAGAAUUCGAUCCCAGUUUUACAGACUGGCUCUUCGCUGAAGCUGCCAAAGGCGCGCCGGAAUCUGAAGCGCCACCUGCUGCAUCUUCAACACCUGUAGAAACACCCAUUGAAUCGAAACCUGUGCCCCAUCCACCCUCCAGCGAGCCUACGCGCCGGCCGCCUAAUGGUCCUCGCGCAGGUGCACCAUUAUACCAACAAGCCAUUUCUUCAACUCUUGCUUCCACCUCUCAAAAGCGUCUCCGCUCGCCCUCACCAUCUACUCAUCCAACAAAGUCCCGACGCACGGACCUACCCACCGGCCCUCGAGCUAUGCAGAAUCCACCGCCCGCCCAACGUAGUCUACUUGAUCGCGUCGGCGGCCCAGCUCCAGCUUCACGCUUCCAAGGUGGGAGAGAUGAAGUUCAAGCACGCAUUGACAACAUCACAAACACCUCACCCGACCCGAGCAUGAUGAUGGGCUUCCCGAAUGGUAUGGGGAUGCCUGACAUGAGCGUGGGGAUGCAGGCAAACCCUAUACUUCUACAAGAGAUGAUGCUAAAUCAAAUGGCUCUUAUGGCGCAGAUGGCGAACUCGAUGGGCAUGCUUAACCCCGCUAUGGGUGUUCCUGGGUUCAACCCAAUGCAGGUGGGUGGAGACGCAACGAUGUUCAAUGGUGGCGCGGGUGUGAAUGGACAUAGUUUCCAGCAGAAUGGGGUGAAUGGUAGAGGUCGGGUUGGAGCAAGAGGGGGCCGGGGGCGAGGGGGUUCACGGGGUGGUCACGUAGGCUCGUCACCUGCUCCACCAUCCAUCGAGGAAGUACCCGCAUUUGUGUCGGUUCCCACUCCAGUAAUCCCUGAACCAGUACAAGCCACACCAAUAGCGGCGCCCAUUCCCCUUCCUGCAAGCGCCAUGCCAUCUAAUGCACUCCCAAAACCAGCGUACGCCCUCCCCGAACGCCCGCAGUCGCCCACGCUCUGUAAAUUCGGAAUAAAGUGCACAAACUCUCAGUGCCGGUAUUCCCACCCGUCUCCUGUUGCUACUGCUGAGAGCGGCGUUGUACUCAGCACCGAAGCGUGCGAGAAGGGUAAGAGUUGCAAAGACAAGGACUGCAUCAAGUCCCACGUCAGCCCCGCUGUCAAUCACCCUGGUAUGUCAUCUCUUUGUCUUUCCAUGAAAGUUGCACGAACUUAUCCAUCACCAGGUGCAGGCACGACUCACACCCCAACAGCACCUCCCGCCACCGCUAGUGGGCCCCCUCAGCACACCGUCACAUGUCGUUUUGGUGGUGCUUGCACGCGCCCAAAUUGUCCGUACCAGCAUCCACCAAAGACAAAUCACUUCGCGCAGCAAUGUCGCUUCGGUACAGGUUGCACGCGCGCAACUUGCCCCUUCCAGCACCCAGAGGGCCGCGUCCUUCCGUCUACAUUCCACCGUGGCCUGUCGACGACUGGGCCCCUUGUUAAUGUGCAGACGCCAGAGACAGGGAGUAUGGGUGCUCACAGCCAUCACAGAAGCGUCACAUUUAACAAGCCGCAGGAUGUGAAGGAUAAGCUUAAGGACAUCGAGAAGCAGAAGGAGAUUGCGAAGAAGGCGAUUGACGAGGCCAAGGCUGCGGGAGGGAAGAAGGAAGAAACGAAGGCAGUUCCCAUCGCCGUAUGA